AUGUUCGACGUGAAGACUCCUGCUGGACUUGCAGCUUUCAACGACGCUCUGCACACACAGGCUUUUGCUACAGGAUUUGUUCACUCUGGUGAGGACAGUACGCUGUUCGAAGCCAUCGGGUCGGCUCCAUGCGCGAAAACCUACCCCAAUGUAGCUCGUUGGUACAGAAAUAUCGCGAGUUACGAUAAGAGUGAACGCAGCACUUGCCAUCUGCGGGUUCUGCUGGAGGAGGACUUGGACCUGUUUGGAUCGGACGACGAGGAAGAUUUGAGAAAACAGAAAGUUGUGCAGGAACGACUGAAAGCCUACGCUGAGAAGAAGGCUGCGAAGCCCGGCCCCAUUGCCAAGUCCUCUGUGAUCCUGGAUGUGAAACCCUGGGAUGAUGAGACACGGAGAGAGUGGAUGGAAGAAAUGGAGAAGUUGGUCCGUGGCAUCGAGAUGGAUGGCCUCGUAUGGGGAGGAGCUAAACUGCUUCCGAUCGGAUAUGGUAUCAGAAAGCUUCAGAUCAUUUGUGUGAUCGAAGAUCUUAAAGUCUCAGUAGAUGAUUUGAUCGAGAGGAUUACUGGUGACUUUGAAGACCAUGUCCAGUCUGUCGACAUUGCUGCGUUUAAUAAGAUCUGA